AUGGCGGAUCUUGACAAAGAACUUGAUUUCGAAGCAUCUAAUUUAUCAAGCAAGUUCUUCGACCGAAGCAAGGAGCAGGCUGAAGACGAAGAAAUUAUGAAAAUACUUGGCGGCGCUAGAUCGCAAUUCCUCAAAAGUGUGGCACUUGAAGACCAAGAUAAGGUUAUUCAGCAGCUUAAAGAGGAUAACCAAGAGCUUGUGCAAGAGAAUUUACGCUUAAAAGAACAAAUUGAUGAGCUGUACUCUCAAUUACAGUCUAAAGAAACAGCUGAUUCUGACUUAAAAGAAAAAUGUAUUGAAAACCUCAACUCAAAGAUGCAAGACCUCAAAGAGAGACUUUCGCAUUUUGAAAAUGAUGAUUUUGAGCAAGAGAUCAUGACUCUCAGGCAGAUUAUCCGUGAGAAGGAUGAUAGGAUAAGCGACCUAGAACUGAACGAGAACCAUUAUGAAUCAAACUCGAGCUCUUCACACUUGAAAUACGAGAAUAUUAUACGACAUAAGGAUGAGUCUAUUAAGGAGCUAAAGAUCCAGAUCCAGACUAUCUCAGACAGCUUCUGCACAACGACUACUGACUUCUGUCAGCUCGCGCUUGAAAACUCUGUUGAAACUGAUGAUCUAGCUGAGAAAUUGGCCAAUAGGCUCCAAAGGUUCCAAGAUUUAGAAGAUGAUGAGGAUAUCUAUAAUGCUAUUCCUGACCUCUCCGAUCUCAGUUACAAAGUUAUUGAAGAAAUUCUUAGAGAGAACCAGAUGAUAAUGAGGGAACUCCAGGAUGUUAACGAUAAUCUCCUUACUCGUCCUUCGAAGACGAAGCCUGAGAAAAGAUAUUCUCCAGAAAUUCAGUCUUUCUCAGGCUCACAGAAGGGCAUCCAGACUGAUCUCAAGGCUGAUGAGAUCAAGAUGAUAGCAGAGAUGUUGUCUCAGAAAGAAUCAGACUCUGUUCGUACAGCAUCUGACUUGAAGAAGGCGAAGGUUUAUACUAAGCUUUGUGAGAACAAGAUCAAAAAUCUUGAAUCUCAGCUGCAGAAGUACUAUCAAGUCGAAAUUGAUUCUAAUUCACUGCAAAAUUUGAAAUCGUUAGCCCAGAUGUCUCCUGUAGACCAGCUACAAGCUCAAUGAGUCUUGAUCGCAGAAGGGAACUUUUUGAAUAAAUCCAAGAGUGGCCAGAAGCCUCUUGGAGUUCUGAAAGUCCUGGCCUCUCAGAACUAUAAUUCAGUACAGCUUGACUCGGAAUCAUUGGAGGCAGGAUCUCCUGACCUUACUUAUAAUACCCACCAGGUUAAUGCUGAUGAAAAGAAGCUAUUCAUGAUUGAGGAUAAAGUAGCCGUACUUGAAGAGGAGAAUGCAAAGCUACUCGCUGACCUUGAGCAAAAGGAGGCUCUCCUAAGGGAGAAAACUACUCCAUCUUUAACAUCAGAAGAUCCUAAAGAAUCUCAAAUUGGGCAAGGUGCAAGGGUCAAGGAGCUCCUUGAUGACAUAAAAGUUAAGGAAGACUACAUAGAGUCUCUCAAGACCACGAUUGAGGACCUCAAUAAGGCUCUAAAGAAGCCAAACCUGUCUAACUCUGAAAUAAAGGAUCAUGCUCUUAACCUGAAGCUUCUCAGGAAGACGGACAUGAGCAUUAGCACUCAGAAACAAACUUUGGAGAAGAGAAAGACCUGGAUUGAAGGAACUUGAGAUUCGCGGUUUAGGCAAAAAGAGAACUCUCUUGAUUCAGAACGUAUCCCAACAUUCAGCCAUAACUGCUUCACAGAGGAAGAAGAGACCAAGAAGAAUUUACAAUAUGAACAUGAGAAGGAAGAGACUGGCGUGACCAACGAGAUAACUGACUUGAGAACCAAAUUGUAUGCCAAAAAGCAAGAGCUUGAUGCUCAAAGGAAUAAAAUACUCAACCUCGAAGGAUUUAUCGAGGCUCGGGAUGACCAUAUCUCUACACUUGAGCAAAACUUAGUUCAGGCACAGAAAGCUGACUGCACAAAUUCUGAAGCUGCUCCAAAUAAAUCUAUGGAGUUCAUAGAAUCCGUGAUAGAAAACUCUACGUUGAAGACAAAGAUCAACCAAUAUGAGACAUUUAUACAAAAAUUAAAUGACAAAAUUGGAGAUUUAGAGAUGGAAAAGGAGCAGAACCAGCAGGAAUACCUUCAGCUGAACGGGCAAGUUGAUGAAAUAAUUCAUAAAUUUGAAAGCUACCAGCAAGAGAUUGACCAAUUAGAAAUAAUAGUCGAUCGUAAGGAGAGAACUAUCCAAGAGCUAGAAUAUCAGCUUGGGAACUAUAACAAAGAGUUUGUCGAUGGGUCUAAGAAGAUGGCACGAACAACUAUUCUUGAGGAUACAGUUAACCCUGAUGACACGACUGGAUCUCAUGAAAAAUGGGGUGUUGCGAUUAAAUCUGCUUAUACUUAUCCAAUCGAGAUAGCUCUCAACAGACUCACUGCAAAGAUUUAUGAGUAUAUUAGUCAAAAGAGGCAAGAGAAGGCUGAAUUCAGUGAAGAUUCCAUUGCGAAAUCCCUUCAUGAUAUGAGAGAGACCAUCCAGAAAACAGACAGCUUCUUGAUCAAUGCUAUUACUACUGAGAAGCUAUCUGGAAUGCCUAAGAGUGAGGAUAACAGCUUCGCUGCCCAGACCUGCAAAUCCCAGAGAAUUCAACAGAUUCAUGAAAUUUACAAUGAUGUGAACAAAAUUCGGAGUGAUUACUACUGUAAAAUUGUGGAUGAUCUGAAAGAGAAAUGUCAGAGACUGGAAUCUCAGGUGUACUCCCACCACAUCUUCAGCAGCCUCUCCUCAUCAAAUUCAAAACAGGUGUUAAAGAAUGAAAAUAUAAAUUCAGGAAUCGCAAUUUUGAAGUGAACUCAGCUGGAAAAUGUCAUUAGGGUUUUGCAAGCUAAGCUGCUAGCUCAGGAGAACAAGAAGGAACGACUCAAGCUGGAAGACAUUAACCGGAUCCAGAGCAAGACUAUCCAAGAAAUGCAUACUUUGAAUGAACAAGCAAUUAUUUCUGGCAACCAGAAUUUCAAAGAUUUCGCAGGACUCGACCUUGGCAAAGAGAUUGCUUCUUUGAAGGUCAAGCUCAAUGAGGCUGAAAAGGAAGCUGAAUUGGCAAAUUCUGAAAAUAAUCGACUUAAAUCUGAUAUUUUGAUGCUUGAAAGCACUCUAGAGCAAGUCAACAAGAAGGUCAAUGAGCUCAGCACCAUUCCAUCUAUAGAUCAACUUGAGAAAAUGCAUCAAAGGAAAUCAGCAAAACUGUUUGAUGCUUGAUCGUCAGCCGAGGGCAAUCAUGAAGAACAGUUUAGGAAGAAGCUCGAUAAUGUAUUUGAGCUGAUCUCUGGGCUCCAGACUGAUGUCACCUCAAAGCCCCUAAAUUCUCCAAGAAUGCCUACCUCUGAACUUGAUGAGGCUUAUUCCGAGCUAGCUAAACUGAAAUCACAGAAAGAGCUUGAGAUCUGUGAGAUCAGAGAGGAAUACGAAGCUAAAUUUGAACAGAUGAAGGUCGACAAGCAGCAAAUACAGCAACAGGAUAAUCUUAUUCAGGAAAUCGAUGCUUUAGAGAAAGAGAAUGCUGAUUUAGAAGAGAGACUUAAUGACAUCACUAAUGAGAAUCAAGCUUUGAAUAGAAAUCUAUCCCUACUCAAGUCAACAAUUGGUGAGCUAACUUGUUCAAACAGCUCUCUGAACUUGAACAAAAUCAUCCAAGAUGACAGUGCGAAGAAGGGGUGUUUAGAGCUGAAUGAUUUUAAGAUAAUCCCUUCAAGAAUAAUUUCAACAUUGAUUUCAUUCAAGAAGAACCAGAUUAAUGCUGAGAAGCGGUUGAAGCUUCUUCAAUCGAGAGACGAAGUUGAGCAGGUGGAGAUUGACAUCCAUACAGAAAAUGACUUAAUAGACUCUCUAAGGGAGGUUAAUUCCCAGAUUAUUCAGUACCAAGAGGAGCCCUCAGAGGAUGGACUUAAUCUCAGCCCAAUUCCAGAAGAUGAGCAAUACAAUGAAGGCAGGUUAAACAAGCUGAAAUCCCUUCAGAAUCAGCGAUUCUUCCUUCAGUGUAAACUUCUUCAACAUUGCAAUGAAGAAAUCGAGAUAGAGAAUGACUUUAGCAACUCAGAAAAGUUUAAUAAUGAAGUGAACGAGUGUGCUACCUAUCCACUUAUCCAAGGAGUCAUCUUCCUUGCAUCUAAGCUUGCACAGUAUGAAUCGAAAGUAGCCAGUUCCUCGCAGGAGCCUCUUUCAGUGGAAGUUGCCCAGAGAUGUGUUAUAAAAUGCCUAACCUCCACUCUUACUAAGAUCGUUUCCGAGAAUGAUAAUUAUGACUUAAAGAUUGAAGAUUUUACCCCAACUAGGGAUGAGGAUAGGACUAUCUGGUACCUUGACCUUCUUGAGACACAACUCAGCCUAACUAAGGAUCUUAUAUUUGACCUUAAAGACUACCAAGAGAGUAUCAAGGAAAAUAAGGGAUACGAGACUAAUAAGCAAUUGAAAGCUACUUAUUAUGAACUAGCUUCUAAUACUAAUUUUGCAAGCCAACAAGUAGAGUCAGUGAAGAAUAUCUUCUAUGUUGUAAAGGCUGAUCUUCAGAAGAAGAGGGCCUCAUUUUUUACUCCAUCUCCUGGCAAUAUGGGGUCCUUGAAAGGCAAAUCUACCGGACUUCCAUGUAUAAAUUCGGGAUAUCAAGAUCACUCUGUCGAUACUGAUUCUCUUAAGGAGCUCGAAAAUAUGAAAAAUGAGUUGAACCUUAUUACCAAAGUUAAGGCUAGUCUUGAAGAACAGCUCCAAAUCUACAAGAAACAAGAGGAACAAUUUAAGACUCAAGAAGCAGAAUCUCUCAGAGAGCUCAGGGAAGAGCUCCAAAGCACUAAAGAUGAGCUUCGGGAUGAAAUUCACUCUAAUGACAAAAUCUCCGAAAAACUUCGUGAAUCUGAGCUUAAAAUAGCUGAUCUCUCUGAUUCGAUAGAAGUCCUAACCAAGGAGCUUGCCGAAGCAACGAGCCAGAAUGAAGACCUCCAUAAGCAGGUUGAAACUCUGUCAAAGCCUACUCUAGAACAGAUGAAGAGGGAGGUUCUCGCCUCCAAGUCUCGAGCAAGAGAAAAGGAGUCUCAGAUCUCCGACUUAAAGGAAAGAAUCCUCAAUCUUGAGAAGGACAAUGCCAAGCUAGUCCUUACUACCAAGACGCUGAAGAAAGAAAAUAAAGAAAUGAAGCAAGAUCUUGAUCUGAAGAACAAACAGUCGUUAAGAGGCAUCAAAGUUGAGAAGGAAGAACUUGAGGAGAAACUUCAGAAGGAAAUAGAUCAAAGACAACAAGACUCACAGACUUGGCAGAACGAAAAAGCAGUACUAGAGAGUACCAUAAAAUCUCUCCAGAUCCAGACUCAGGAGAUGGCGGUUCCUAUUAACCAAGCUGGUAGCGAAGAAGUAGUUCAGCUGAAGGCAAAGCUGAAUAAGUAUAAGAAGAAGAGUCAGCAGAAGGCCAAGAAGAUCACAACUCUUGAGACUGAGCUCAAGGAAUGUUCCAAGGAGAAAGAUGAGUAUUAUAUUAAGUUCACUCAGAAUCAGGAUAAAGUCCAAGUCAUGCAAAGAGUAAUGGAUGACAACGCUAGACUGAAAACUGACCUGGAAAAUACCAAAUCCCAGCUUGGACAGGUCAGAAGCGAGCUUGACAUUAAGAAAGAAAAGUAUGAGUCUCUUGAAAAUCGAGAAAGCUAUCAAAGAGUCCAGCAGCAAUUACAAGAAGCAGCAACUGAGGUUGCUAACCUUAGGAUUCAGAGGGAUCAUUUACUGAACAAAUUCGAAAUGGAGAACACUGAAGUAAAGAAUGAUAACAUAAAAAUGUGCCAGAUCAUCAGAGAUUACGAAUUCCAAGUUCUAGAGCUCCAAAACAAGGAGAAAGAAUCCUCUGUAACUCUUGAGGCACGGAUUAAGAUCCUCUCAACUGAGAAUAAGUCCUUAAAGGCAGAGAACAAGAAGUUGCUCAAGAAGAUUUCCCAGUGCAACAGUGACUGUGAAAGGUUGUCAGAGGAAUAUAAGAUGCUGAUUGAAGAGAUCAACAGCAACAAGAUCAAGGAUCAGAAACAAGUGCUUAAAGCUAACAAGGAGAAAUCCUUGAGACAAGAUUAUGAAGAAGAGCUCAAGAGGAUCAAUAAUAUUCUGAACCAGUCUGAAGACACCAAGAAGGACAUUAUUGAGAAGUAUGCUCAAGAGCUGGAGACCCUGAGAGAGACCUACCAGCGUACAAUAGAUAUACAAAAGGAAAAUUUUGAGGUUUUUAAAGAGAAAGUUCAACAAGAAUUUGGCUGGGUUGAAAAAUUACUUAAGAAUAAGACAGCUAAAGCCAAGACUACCAAGGUUUAUGAAAAGUUUACAGAUCUUUUAAGGGAUCUCUCCUCUAAGGAAUCUAUUAUACGUUCAUCAAAGAAUGAGCUUAAGACUCUUAAGUCUCAAGUUACCAAUCUGAAGAGCAAAAGUAAAGAAUUGAAGACUCGGAAUGCUGAAUUAGGGAGAGUCAUUGACUCUUAUCCGAGAGCUAAGAAACUGCUAGAACAGCAAAAAGGAGUUCUUAAUUUAUCUAAGGAUUCUGGAAUUAAUAAAAGCCUUGUAAGAUCAUCAGAAGGUCUCCAUAAAGCCGGCUUGGCAUCAGAAGGCAUUGGCCAGGACGUAUCUUGCAUCACUGUAAAGGAACACAACGAGCUGCUAGAACAAAACAUCAGCAUGAAGAUUGAGACCAACAAAUUACGAAGCACUGUGACUCAAUUGGAAGAGAUCAACUUGAAACUCGAAAAUGAGAUGGAGUUCCUCAACUCAGAGAAUGACCGACUAAGCCGCCGCUGAGAGCAGCUUAUUGACUCAGAGAUUUCAAAAUCGAAUAAACGGAACUCCAGUAUUGAGGAAAAGCUCAGAGACGAGAUAGAGAAGCUCAGUAACGAACUUGAAGAAGCUCAUGAUAAUUUCAUACCUCUUGCUGAGCUAGAACAAGUCCAGAAGAAGCUUGAUAGCUGACAGAACCAGUUAAGGCAGUUUGAGAGGGAAAAUUGGCAGAAAAGUGAAAUUAUUCAGAGCCUUCAGGAACAACUUUCUAGUAAACAAUCUACAGGUGUCAGGCUCAUGCAGGAAAAUGAAAGCCCGAAUGUCCACAAAUCCUCUUCUGAGAAGGACUUGAGAGCGAGCUCGAGAGACUUCAUGAGGGAAAAUACUCGUCUUAAUUCACAAAUUGAACAACUAAGUCAUGCUGUUUCAGCUAAAGAUCAUCAGAUCAGCCAACUGAACUCUGAAGUUGACUAUCUAAGAAAAUCUAAGCUUGGAGAGGUACACGGAAGUAUUAAGGAACUUGAGGAAACUCUUCGAGUUAAAGAUGAGAUUAUCAGCAAGCUUAAAAGCAGUCUUGAAUGUUCAGAUGGUAAAUUCACCUAUUCCCCAGAUGAGCAUGACAAAGCUGGCACUUCUAAUUUACAAAGUCACGAAGAGCUGACUCUUGGCGUAAGGAAGUCCUCAAGCCUCCAAGAAGUUCUACUUACUGUUCAUAAGUUCUUCAGUGAAGCUACUGAUUCAGAGAUAAACGACUUCCUUAACGCAGUUAAGGAACUGUGUGACCAGAUUGAGGAGAGAAGUCUCUCUGUUAGUUCAAAACAAGAAUUUGAAAGACACUUAGCUGAAGAAAAUGCAGAUGAUACAUCUAGAAUCACAGAAUAUUUGAACUUGCAGAGCAGUACUUCAGAAAAUGUGUAUUAUGAUAAUUCAGUUGACAAAUAAUUCAAUUUAUAA